AUGUCUACUCUAUCUUAUAGUGCCAGAGCUGCUGCUCAUACCAGUCCCGUUGCCUCAAAGCUUCUAAGGAUUAUGGAAGAGAAACAAACAAACCUAUGUGCUUCAUUAGAUGUACGUACUACCGCUGAAUUACUAAGUAUUGUAGAACAAGUUGGUGCAAACAUUUGUCUAUUGAAGACACAUGUUGAUAUUCUAGAAGAUUUUACAAUGGAAGGAACUGUGAAGCCAUUAAAGGCACUUGCCGCUAAAUAUAAUUUUCUAAUCUUUGAAGAUAGAAAAUUCGCAGAUAUUGGUAACACGGUCAAAUUACAAUAUUCUAGUGGUGUUUAUAAAAUUGUUGAAUGGGCUGAUAUCACAAAUGCACAUGGUGUCACCGGUUCAGGUAUUGUACGUGGAUUAAAGGAAGCUGCCCAGGAGAAUACUCAGGAACCUCGUGGGUUACUAAUGUUGGCAGAAUUAUCUUCAAAGGGCUCUUUAGCACAUGGUGAGUAUACUCGUGGAACAGUAGAGAUCGCUAAGAGUGACAAAGAGUUUGUCAUUGGAUUUAUUGCACAAAGAGACAUGGGUGGUCGUGAAGAAGGUUACGAUUGGUUGAUCAUGACUCCCGGUGUCGGUCUAGACGAUACAGGUGAUGCAUUAGGCCAACAGUAUAGAACAGUAAAUGAUGUAGUGUCUACUGGUUCCGAUAUUAUCAUUGUUGGUAGAGGUCUAUUCGGUAAAGGCAGAGAUCCAGCAGCCGAGAGUCAACGUUACAAGAAAGCUGGUUGGGAUGCAUAUUUGAAGAGAUUACAAUAA